GGGUUCCGCUUCCAGGUUACAUUGAUACCAGUUUGGGAGACACAAGCGUGGAUCCUGGGCGGGCAGUGAGUGCUCUGUCCUAUUUGUCCAUUCAACCAGCCGCAUACACUAAUCCCGGCUAGGAUGACCUGUCUGAGACAAAAUAUCCUUUUUGGGAUGGGAAACCCCCUUCUUGACAUAUGUGCAGUGGUUGACAAGGACUUUCUGGACAAGUAUGGACUGAAGACAAAUGACCAGAUUCUGGCUGAUGAGAAACAUAAGGAACUGUUUGAAGAACUCGUGAAGAAAUUUAAAGUGGAGUAUCAUGCGGGUGGCUCCACACAAAAUUCGGUCAAAGUAGCCCAGUGGAUGAUUCAACAGCCCCAUAAGAUAGCGACGUUCUUUGGGUGCAUCGGAAGAGAUGCGUUUGGUGACAUUUUGAAGAAGAAGGCUGAGGAAGCGCACGUGGAUGCCCAUUACUAUGAGCAGACUGAACAACCAACGGGCACUUGUGCUGCCUGCAUCACUGGGGACAACAGGUCAGCCAAUCCUUUCAAGAAACUUGGUUUAAGGUCUCUUGUUGCUAAUUUAGCAGCUGCAAAUUGUUACAAAAAGGAGAAGCACUUGGACAAUAAGGAGAACUGGCAGCUGGUGGAAAAGGCCAAAGUGUAUUAUAUUGCCGGAUUCUUUAUUACAGUCUCGGCAGACUCCAUUCUGAAAGUGGCAUCGCAUGCUUCUGAAAGCAACAAGAUCUUGGGCCUGAAUCUAUCAGCUCCAUUCAUCUCACAGUUUUUUAAGGAAGAUCUAAUGAAAAUUAUCCCCUAUGUUGACAUUCUAUUUGGAAAUGAGACGGAGGCUGCCACUUUUGCUAGAGAACAAGGUUUUGAGACAGAAGAUAUUAAAGAAAUUGCUAAGAAAGCACAAGCAUUGCCAAAGGCGAACAAAAAGCGACAACGAAUCAUCGUUUUCACUCAAGGCAAAGAUGAUACUAUUGCAGCCACAGCUGAGAAUGUGGCUGCUUAUCCUGUCCUGGACAUUAAACAAGAUGACAUUGUCGAUACAAAUGGAGCCGGUGAUGCCUUUGUUGGAGGUUUUUUGUCACAGCUACUUUAUGAUCAGCCUCUGGAAGAAUGCAUCCGUGCGGGCCAUUACGCAGCCAACGUCAUCAUCCAGCGUUCUGGCUGCACGUUCCCAGAUAUACCGGACUUCCAUUGAUCUUUACCUUGAAGGGAAAACGUGGAAUCAAAAACCCUUUGCCAAAUCUCAGAGCAGGGACAAUUGUCCAUUUAAAAUAAUAACCUGUCUCUUUUUCCUCCCUUCAAUUCUGUAUUUAGCUUUUUUCAUUUCUGGUGGUCUGUUACUAAAGUUAGAAAAUAAUUAAAAAGUAGAUAACAAGAUCUGAAAAUAUUUUGAUCAAAUUGAUGGUCAAAAACUCUUGACCAGUUACAUUGUAAUUAUUGUUUACAUUCCCCCUCGAUAAAACCAUGAAGUGUUAAUUUUAAUGCUGAAUGCCUGAGUAAUUCGUUAUUUACCAAGUAGUAAUUAUGGUAUUGGUGAUGGAUGAAACUGUGGUAAAAACAUUUACUUUUUUUGCUGAAAUCUUUUAUUUUUCCUCAGUUUGUUUUAACUGAAUGUUUAGUUCAGCCCAAAGUGGGAAUCAUAGCCGAUCCCGUCAUAGGUUGAAAGAGAUUAACUGGAAUAUCCUGAAAUGGUUUCUGUUUGCUCAGCAGAUUACCUCAGUAUUUUCUGUUUUUGAGCUUAUUCAGAAGAGCAAACUUAUGUAGCAAGAAUAAAAUAAAAUUACAGAAAUAUUUAUGCAGGCAAACCUUACUAUGAAAUACCAAAUCAAAUCUGCAAAAGCAGAGUUUUUAAAAGCCUAAUGCUGUGUACUUGUCUGGAUUCCUGUGAUAGCUUUCAAAGACAAAGGACUGUACGCUGUUACGAGAGCAUUCUUAACUUUAUAAUUUGAUAUCUGCAAUAAACCAAGAUGAUUCUCAUAAA